AGCACCGCCCCCGCCCGGCCGCCGUAGCGCCGCACGCGCGGAUCUCCGUAAGUGUCGGCGGGGUCGGGCCGAUGCUGGCGCUGCGUUGUGGGCUGCGGGCUGUUAUCGGACGGAUCCGAGCGCGGAACCUGCCGCUCGCGAUGGCGAAGAGGCCGAACGGGAACGGAGAGGGACAGGAGGAGAACGGGCUGCAGGUCAAGAGAGUGAAAGGAGCCGAGGGUGGAGGGGACGAGGAAGAGCAGAAUAAAAGGACGCCCAAAAGGAAGAUCGUGUUGUUGAUGGCGUAUUCGGGGAAGGGAUACCACGGCAUGCAGAGGAAUCUGGGCUCUUCGCAGUUCAAGACGAUCGAGGAUGAUUUGGUGUCUGCCCUGGUUCAGUCCGGCUGCAUCCCCGAGAACCACGGUGAGGAUAUGAAGAAGAUGUCGUUCCAGCGCUGCGCUCGGACAGAUAAGGGUGUGUCUGCAGCUGGACAGAUUGUGUCGCUAAAGGUCAGGCUAAUAGAUGACAUCUUAGAAAAGAUCAAUAAGCAUCUUCCUUCUCAUAUCAGAAUUCUGGGGCUGAAGAGAGUCACUGGGGGAUUCAACUCCAAGAACAAAUGUGAUGCCAGAACCUACGCGUACAUGCUGCCGACGUUUGCCUUCGCCCAUAAAGACCACGACGUGCAAGAAGAGGCUUAUCGACUCAGCAAAGAGACCCUGGAUAAAGUCAACAGGCUGCUGGCUUGCUAUAAAGGAACUCACAACUUCCACAAUUUCACUUCUCAGAAGGGACCCAAGGACCCCAGCGCCAGGAGGUACAUCAUGGAGAUGUACUGCGGGGAGCCCUUUGUGCGGGAAGGCAUAGAAUUCGCUGUGAUCAAAGUGAAAGGGCAGAGCUUCAUGAUGCACCAGAUAAGGAAAAUGAUUGGGCUGGUGAUUGCUAUUGUGAAAGGUUAUGCUCCAGAGUCUAUCAUAGAACGUAGCUGGGGAGAGGAGAAAGUGGACGUUCCCAAAGCUCCCGGGCUCGGUCUGGUGUUGGAAAGAGUGCACUUUGAGAAGUACAACAGGCGCUUUGGGAACGAUGGGCUGCAUGAGCCGCUGGAGUGGGAGGAGGAGGAGGAGAAGAUUGCUGUCUUCAAAGAGAAGCAUAUCUACCCUACCAUUAUCAACACAGAGAGGGAGGAGAAGUCCAUGAUGAGCUGGUUGAGCACCCUCUCCAUCCAUGACUUCAACUCUUCCACUACUGAGAUGGAAGCUGACAACAACAAUUCAAAGGGUGUGGAUGCUGAAGGCAGCGAUGGUUGCAAUGAUGAUUCUGACUGAGUUAAAGCAUGGUUGGACCUGGUGCCUCUCCUGCUCAAUGCUCACUUCAUUACAGAAAAGUGGCCUUCCUAAUGUGACAGUGCAGUAAAGCAGGAUCACAUACAGAGCAAGAAGUAGAUGGACAGGAGGAAAUGAAUGGGGUGAUAAACGACAGCAGGAGGAAGACUGAGAUGCUGUGCUGAUCCACCUGGAAACAGAGAUGAGGAAGCAGCUUCCUGAAGGGUUCUUAUAUCGAGGUGUCUUCAUUGCUGUUUGAACUGCGUUUCUAUGACACCUUUACCUGGAAAUACUAUUUUAAACCUGUGUAACCUCUACGUGAGGAUGAGACAAAACGUUUUAAUACACUUUUUAUUUCUGAAUUAUUGUUACGAA